AUGUCUGCAAGUACCAGUUCGGAGUACCCCGCUUCAGCUGGGUGGUUCCAGUAUACCUUGCCAGCCCCACAAGCAUCUCUCGAGUUUGUCUUUAACAACGGGAACGGUGUUUGGGACAACAACAACAAUGCAAACUACAAAGCUACCAGUGCUGGACGGUGGAUUGUCAUGAGCUCUGUGAGUGUGCCAGCAGCCACGAAGACAUCCACUCCAGCGCCAACCACCACUCCGAGUCCGAGUUCGCCUGCCAGUCCUACACCAACGUCAACGAGAGCACCCACACCAACAACACCUGCACCCACACCGUCCGGAAGCUGCUACAAUUACAAUGGCAUUGAUUCGUGCUCCAGUUCCACGCAGACCGAACUCCCGGCUGCUGACGAUCAAAGAAAGUGGCAAACCCCACCUCGUAAUGCUAGUGGAUGGUCCGCCGAAUACCAAGACUACAGAUCGCUGACCGGGUACGCGCAUGUCGUGUACGGAUCGUCUCGUACAUCUGCUACCGUGACUGUGCGAACAUACCUGCGCGUUGCUUCAGCCUCAUGUUCGUACACGUUUAAUGGUGUGAAGUCGACAUCCCCAACGUAUCAAGUCACGAACUCGCUGAAAGACGACCUCGUGAUUGUAGCUACGUGCACGGAUGGGGACGAAUCGUGGAAACUGGAACUUGAUCCGGUCAAUUUCGUCUGGCAGAACAACGCGGUAAACCAGCCCAGUGGCAUGAAAGGAGGUCAGAAAGGUGCCAUUGUCGACUUGUUCGGAUGGCCAUACAAUGAUAUAGCUCAAGAGUGCACAGACUUCCUGGGCAAAGCAGGUUACAUGGGCGUGAAGAUCAACCCACCUCAAGAAUCUGUGCUGACGGAUGCAUGGCCUCAAAGCGGCCAGAGAAACCCAUGGUACUUCGUUUAUCAGCCUGUGAGCUACCGACUGUACUCACGUCUUGGAACGAGAAAGCAACUUAGGACCAUGAUCCAAACCUGCCGAGCCAACGGAGUGCGCGUGUAUGCCGAUGCAGUGGUGAACCACAUGUCUGGAGGUGGCAACGAUGUACUCUCACACCGCUACAGUAGUGGUGGUUCUUGUGUCACGUGGGGUGCCAAGUCCAGUUCCAAAAAGUCCCCUUACUACACACACAGCUUUACAUACGGCGUAAAUGCUUAUACAAACGCUCACCCCGCGCUUGAAUUCCCGGCUGUUCCGUUCGGACCGACAGAUUUCCACUGCGAGCGCUCAAUGAGUUCGUGGACCGACCCACUUCAACUUGAAACAGGGUGGCUUAGCGGCCUGACGGACUUAAAUACCGAGACAACCUACGUUCGUGAGCGUAUUGCUCAGUACUUCGUCGAUCUCUUGGGCAUCGGUUUCAGCGGACUUCGGCUGGAUGCACUCAAACACAUUGGACCUGUCGACACAGGCGCGAUUUUCGGGCUUUUGAGGAAAUACAUGGGUGGAAGCUCUCCAGACGACUUCAUCUCGUGGGGCGAAGUGAUCUUGGGUGGUGAAGCCAGCCUUCUGGCAUGCAACGCCAACUCGGGCUAUAAUUUCUACACUGGAUUGGAUGCAGAGUACGCUGCCAACGGGAUCUCCUCCACUGAUAUUGCCAAGCUCAAAAUCUGGUCGUCGGACUACCCGAAGGAAUUCCCGAUUUGUGGUUCUUGGAUCUUACCCGCGUCUCGAUUUGUGAUUCAAAACGAUGACCACGAUCAGCAGAACGAAGGCUCUUCCUCUCGGGACAUGGGCGAUUCCGGGUCAGUGCUCAUUAAAGACAAGGACGUUGCUAAACAUCGCUCUUUCGAGGUCAAGUUGUUUACUCGCACCGAUGCGGACUGGCAGAUCAAGGUUGUAUUGAGUUCCUACACGUGGUUCACAAACGGAGCCGGUGGGUUUCCCGACGGUUAUUCUGACUGUAGCGGGUUUGACUCAUCUCAAGGCCAGAAAUGCACGGCCAGUGUGCCGUACGAAAAGGCUUUCCGAGCUGGAUCCUGUGGCUACACGGUUGACGGUUUUGCUGGAGGCAAGUACACUCGCGUGCACCGCGAUCUAUCGAUAGUGAAUGCGAUGCGUAGCUGGGUCGGUCUUUCGUCUGUGAAGCUUUCGGACCUUGGAAUCACGGGAAGCUGCUAA